AUGUAUAAAAGGCAAGAAAUGAGAGAAGCAGGUUGUCAUUGCAUGGCCAAGAAGCAAACCAUGGAACUCCAGACUCCAAGGAUCUGGGUAUGGUUGGCCUUGACGCUUUCCUUCUCAAGUGCCUAUGACAUUAUUCCAGGUAGACCUAUCGACCACACUAAGUCUAUAUGCAGUUCAUGGGGCAACUUCCAUUACAAGACAUUCGAUGGAGUGAUCUAUCAGUUUCCGGGCACCUGCAACUAUAAUUUGGCUUCGCACUGUGGGGACUCCUACCAUGAAUUUUCUGUCCACAUCCAGCGUGCCAUAGAGGAUGGUGACCCAGUCAUUCACCAAAUCUUUAUGCAAAUCAAGGAUGUUACUAUAGAACUGAAGAGAGAUGCUGCGAAGGUGAAUGGGCAAAUCUUUGUGACCCCUUACUUCAACUAUGGAGUUUUCAUAACCAAGAAGGAUGGGUACACAAAGGUGCAUACAAAGAUUGGCCUGACCCUCACAUGGAACCAAGAAGAUUCAGUUAUGUUGGAGGUGGAUGCCAAGUAUCAAAACAAAAUGUGUGGACUCUGUGGGGAUUACAAUGGCACUCCAGUCAGUAAUGAAUUCUAUCUGAAUGAUAUGCCACUCAACCCUAUCCAGUUUGGUAACAUGCAAAACAUUAACGAUCCAACUAUUACCUGCACAAAUGUAGAUGAGAGCCAACAAAUGAAUGUUUCCAGUUGUGGUCAAUACUACUCUGUGUGCAAGAGUUACCUCACCCAAAAUGCCUUUUCAUCAUGCCAAGAUCUUCUUGAUGUAUCAGAUUACGUUAUGGCCUGCAUGCUUGAUGUGUGCUCCUGUAGCAGUGCCGAUGUCUCAUGUCUAUGCAGUACAUUAACAGAGUAUUCAAGGCAAUGCACUCACGCAGGAGGGAUCCCAGAGAACUGGAGAACUAAUGACCUCUGUCCUAAACAGUGCCCUGGGAAUAUGAUAUACAAGGAAAGUGGUUCCCCAUGCAUAAGUUCCUGUUCUCAUCAUGAAGUAAAAAGCCAUUGUGAGGAGCACAAUAUUGAUGGCUGCUUCUGUCCUGAUGGCACAGUGUGGGAUGACCACAAUAACGCCGGCUGCAUUUCAAUUAGCGAAUGUCACUGCAAGUAUCAAGAAAAAUUCUAUGCUCCAGGAUCAAAGAUUUUAAAUGAUUGUGAAGAAUGCUCUUGUAAUGCAGGAAAAUGGACCUGCACACAUGGAAUAUGCCCCAAAGUUUGUUCCAUUGAAGGAGGAGCUCACUUCAAAACAUUUGAUGGGAAGCCAUACAAGUUCCAUGGCAACUGUUACUAUUUGCUGUCUAAGGCAACAGAGAUGACUCCAUGCAAUGCUUAUUCACGGGAGACUUGCCUGAAAAACAUCCAGUUCUACACAGAUGACAAUGAAAAUGUAUUGUCCAUCAGAGCCGACGGAUCUGUUUUAUUAAAUGAUCUCAAAAUAAGCCUCCCUCAUGUUACAGGAAGUUUCUCAGUUAUACAGCCCACAGAAUCAAACAUCUUUGUCAAGACAAAAUUUGGUCUCCAGAUGCAAAUCUAUCUCCUACCACUGAUGCAGCUGUAUAUUACCAUGGAUAAUUCUGAUAAGAAUACAUUUGAAGGUCUUUGUGGUAACUUUAAUUACAAAGAAGGAGAUGACUUCAUAACAUCUGCAGGUAUAGAAGAAUCAACAGCAUCAGCCUUUGCCAACACCUGGAAAAUACAGUCUACCUGCCAAGACUCAGUAGAGGUGUUAAUAGAUCCUUGCAGCUUCAGCAUGGAGACUAAAAUCUAUGCUGAGAAAUGGUGCUCUAUGCUGAGAGAUUCAGAGUCUCCUUUUUGGAAAUGUCAUUUUGCAGUAGACCCCUCUGAAUAUUAUAAGAGAUGUGAGUACGAUACCUGCAGCUGUAGUCAUAGCGAAGCCUGUAUGUGCGCAACACUGUCCACAUAUGCCAGAGCCUGUGCUGCAAAAGGAAUCAUCUUGUGGAACUGGAAGAAAGGAAUCUGUGAUAAAGAGAUUCCCAGCUGCCCAGACUCACAGAUAUACUUGUAUAACAUCACUACUUGUCAGCCUACUUGCCGCUCCCUGGCAUUAGAAGAAAAAGAAUGUGACAGUGAAUUCACCCCAAUUGAUGGCUGUGGCUGCCCAGAUGGAAUGUAUCUCAAUGAAAAAGAUGGUUGUGUUCCCAAAUCACAGUGUUCUUGCUACCACCAAGGAAUGUAUCUUAGACCAAAUGAGGUUUUCUACAAGAUGGAUGAACGAUGUUCCUGCCAUGAAGGAAAACUUAACUGUGAUUCUUUUAUCAAUGACACUUGUUCCAACGGAAAAGUCUUCCUUGACUGUAAAAAGGAAAAGAGAUCUCACAUGUCACGGCAUAGGAGCUGUCGGACCUUGAAUAUUGGACCUAUGGGGACAGGCUGCAUCUCUGGAUGUGUGUGCCCAGAUGGGCUGCUUGAUGAUGGACAUGGAGGCUGUGUUGUAGAGAGUUCCUGCCCUUGCUCAUAUAAUAAUAAAGUAUUUGCUCACGGAUCUAGGUUGAUUGAGGAAUGCAAAUCCUGCACAUGCGAGAGUGGGCUUUGGUCAUGCAUACAAACACCUUGUUAUGGAACUUGUACCAUCUAUGGGAGCGGCCAUUAUAUUACAUUUGACAAGAAAUUCUAUGACUUUGAUGGAAGUUGCGAAUUUGUAGUUGCUCAGGACUAUUGCGGUGACAGUGCAUCAAAUGGUACAUUCAGAAUAAUCACAGAAAAUAUCCCAUGUGGCACUACUGGAGUAACAUGUUCAAAAUCCAUAAAGAUAUAUUUAGGGAAUACAGAACUGAAGUUGACUAAUAGUCACAUGGAGAAAAAGUUUGGAGAAUUUGAAACUGAAGUGGGAUAUAAAGUCCGUGAAGUGGGUCUUUAUCUCGCAAUUCGUACAAGCAGUGAUAUUUCCCUCAUCUGGGACAAGAAAACUUCCUUAUUAAUCAGACUGCCAUCCUCUUACCAGGGCAAAGUAUGUGGCCUGUGUGGAAAUUAUGAUGACAAUGCCAACAAUGACUUCCUAACCAGCCAAUCGAUACAAGCCAGCAAUGCAAUGCCAUUUGGAAACAGUUGGAAGCGUAGUAAUGAUUGUCCUGAUGCAAAUAGUAUUCCCCAGCCAUGCCUGGCAGCACCCCACCGCAGAUCUUGGGCUGAAAAGAAGUGUGACAUUAUCACCAAUAAUGUUUUUGCAAGAUGCCAUAGCAAGGUGGAUCCAAAACCCUUCUAUGAUGCUUGUGUAAAUGAUGUCUGCUCCUGUGACACUGGUGGGGACUGUGAGUGCUUCUGCACUGCUGUGGCUGCCUACGCUCAACUCUGCGCUAAAGCGGAUGUCUGUAUUCACUGGAGAACACCAGAAAUUUGUCCAAUAUUCUGCGACUACUAUAACACCAAUGAGAAUGAAUGUAUGUGGCACUACUUUGCUUGUGGUCCAGAAGAUAGAAGCAUCCACCACAUCACCAAGUACUGCCACUCACCAUCUGUCACACAUCUGGAAGGUUGCUACCCGACUUGUCCAACUGAACGUCCUUACUAUGAUGAAAUAAAUAAAUCAUGUGUCAGUCACUGUAGCUGCAUUAUCAACAACAUUACCUACAGCAUUGGUCAACAGAUACCCAAUCCUGAACCCUGUCAAAUAUGGCACACUAAACACACAAAGCAGCUCCAGAUGCAGUACCGCAGGCUUGAGCACCACUGGAGAAAAAACUACUCCAACAACUUCCACAAUUACAAAGAUGCACUAGAUAACUUUAGCAAUGAUUUGUCCUUUGCAGCAGAAGGAACACAACAUCUGCAACAACAACCCAUUCAACAACAAAACACACCACAAAAUGUUCCUGUUAUCACAAUGGAAAAGCAUAUAUGCCAGGGACAAGCAACUAAUGAAAGGGAUUCUUUUACAGGUGAGGAAAUAACAAGAAAUAAAAUCCUUGGAAAGUGCUACAAAGUUGUAUGUGAUGGAAAUUGUGGGGAAAUACCUGCCACUGAGUUCCCAUGUGAAAGUACAACAACACCAACUACACCAACUACACCAACUACACCAACUAAAACAACUACAAAAACAACAACACCAUCAAGUACCACCAUCUCUACAAUCAGUACAACUACUCCUUGUGUACCCCAUACAAGUUGGCAGAUUUUCAAAUGCACCAAAGCCGUGUGCAAUGGAAAUGGUGAGCUACAGAUUGUUCAAAAAUCUUGCACACCUCCACCAGAGAUUAACUGUGCCAAUAAAAUGAAGCCAAUUGCUGUUCCUGAUGAUGAUUCCUGUUGCUGGCAUUGGGAGUGUCCUUGCGUCUGUAGUGGUUGGGGAGAUUCUCACUAUCUUACCUUUGAUGGAACCUAUUAUUCAUACCAAGGAAGAUGCACCUAUGUUCUAGUUGAAGAAAUUGUGAAAACCAUCGAUAACUUUGGCAUUUACCUUGACAAUUCUGAUUGCGGACAUAAAACUGGUAUUACCUGCCCACGCAAACUUACUGUACGACAUAACACUCAGGAAAUUCUUAUUUCACCUAAAACAUCUACUCCUUCAAACUUAGAGACUCAUGUAAAUGGAAAUCUUGUAUUGCUUCCUUAUACAAAAUAUGGAGUAUCAAUUUACCAGUCUGGAGUAUAUUUAGUAGUUGAAAUACCAGAGCUGCAGACCAAUGUGACUUACAAUGGUUUGACCUUCAGUAUAAUGAUGCCAUAUGGAAAGUUUUAUAAGAACACACAUGGACAAUGCGGUACUUGCACCAACAACCAAGCUGAUGAUUUAAUGAUGGCUAAUGGUAAAGUUACAACUAGCGCUGUAGCUAUGGCUGAUUCUUUUAUGGUGCAUAACCCAGACAAGCCUCGAUGCAACAGCAUUCCUCCAGUACAUCAUAACACUUGCAAAUCUGCUGUCUGUGAUCUCAUCAUGGGACCGGUUUUCCAAAACUGCCAUGCAUUCCAUUCACCAGAACCUUUCUACCAAGCCUGCCUUUUGGACAGCUGUAAUAAGGCCAACUCAGAUAGUGAAUGUUCAAGUUUACAACAUUAUGCUUCAGUCUGUGGUGAUCGUGGUGUCUGUAUUCAGUGGAGAAGCCAUGCCCCAACUUGUCCAUUUACUUGUCCUUCUAACAAAGUGUAUGAUGCAUGUGGCCCGGCUCUCCCCAUCACUUGCCAAACUAGGCCAACAGAUACAAUGGCAAUGAAAAAUGACAGACGUGUUGUGGAAGGAUGCUUCUGUGCCAAAGGCAGCAUGCCAUUUAGCAUGAAAAUUGAUACCUGCGUAAGCGAAUGUGGAUGUGUUGGGCCAGAUAACAUUCCCCGCAAGUAUGGAGAAUCCUUUCAGUUUAACUGUGAGACCUGCAUGUGUUUGGAGGGUGGCAAUGGAAUAACCUGCCAAAAACAACAGUGCCAUCAUGUAAGAAAUGAGGAGUGUACUCGAGAAGGCUUCUACAAAGUGACUCAAGUCAGUGCUACAAACAAGUGUUGUGAAGAAACUGUAUGCAGAUGUGACCCAAGUCGGUGCUUGAAUACACUCCCUAAAUGUGGACCUGGAUUUGAACUUAAGGGUAGCAUGAAGGAAGGACAUUGUUGUCCUACUUAUGUUUGUGAACCAAAACCUGUUUGUGUUAGAGGAAAUGCUGAAUACUUGCCUGGAUCUCAUGUCUAUUCAGAGAACUGUGAGAAUUGUCUUUGUGCACAAAAUGGAAACAACUUUACAAUAGCCUGCAACCCAGUUGUCUGCAACAUACACUGCCCAGCUGGUUUUAAGGUAAAGAAAAAUUCCCCAUCUGACUGCUGUGGUACCUGUCAGCAAACCAACUGUGUUGUGAAGUAUGAUGGCUCCUACAGGCUUAUGAAUAAUGGAGAUGUUCUGCCCUCUAUGAACGAUAACUGCACAAUGUACAAAUGCUCAUUAAUCAAUGACCAGUUUGUCACCACUGUCACUCAAAUGUCUUGCCCUUCAUUAAAUGAAGAAGACUGUGAGCCUGUAAGUAAUCCUUAUUUGCCAUGA